GCUAUGUUUCGGGUCCUUAUCGGCUGUCUUUUCCAGAUGCCCACUUCUCUGCUGUGAACCCUUUUACCAUCCCUUUGUCAUGCUCGAGCUACCAGAAAGUCUCACAGUCAGAAGCACGCGAUGACCGGCCAAAGCAUCGAGGGCGCUUCACAGCCCGUCCCUCGAAAGCGGCCAAAUUUCUCCACACGCACUGCCGCAGAAGAUGCCUCGAGAUUGGAGCCGGGCGAUUCGGCCUUUGCGUCCCCUGCAGUCAAUAUGCAAUCCGCUCGCCAAUCGCGGCCGUACGAGCCUCUGAACUCUGCCUCCCAACCGGUUCAACAUCAGCAUUCCACUGCUUCCAGUUUCAUCGGACGUCUUUUUCGCUGGUGGGAUAUGCAAGGAAACGAUGGAGAACGGGAUAAUGGUGGUGGCCGAUUUUCCUCACCUAUGUCCCUGUUCCCAGGGCACUCCAGGGAGUCUGACUUGGAUAAGAAGGAUAGGCAUAUCUCGAAAUCCCAUCCAGUGGACGGUUCUAACAAGCUGGGCACCUUUUCCGGCGUCUUUGUGCCAACGACGUUGAAUGUCCUUAGUAUCCUUAUGUUUCUUCGCUUCGGAUUCAUUCUGGGACAAGGUGGUGUACUGGGCACUAUGGGACUGCUCAUUGUCUCCUAUAUAAUCAAUCUUGUGACAACAAUGUCUCUUUCUGCAAUUGCAACAAACGGAACAGUUCGGGGUGGUGGCGCAUACUAUCUUAUAUCGAGGUCGCUUGGGCCCGAGUUUGGCGGCUCUAUUGGUAUAGUGUUUUAUCUGGGGUACGUUCUCAAUACGGGUAUGAAUGCUGUCGGUCUUGUCGAUUGUUUUACGCAAAACUUCGGGACAGAAUCUGGCAGUUGGGGCAGUUUUCUCGAGGAAGGGUUCUGGUGGCAAUACCUUUGGGGAAGUAUCAUCCUGGUUGUCUGUACUGGAAUCUGUCUGGCUGGCAGUUCCAUAUUUGCCAGGGCCAGCAACGGAUUGUUCGUCGUCCUCCUGGUUGCAACAAUUAGCAUCCCGUUCUCUGCAGUUAUUUCAAAACCGUUCAGCCUCCCACGUCUAGGAGUCGAGUUCACUGGGAUCCGCCUGCGGACAUUUCUCGAGAAUCUCAAGCCAAAGCUCACAAAGGGUGCGGCUGGCAGUCAGAUUCGCGGAAGAGAAACUUUCCAGGAUCUUUUCGGGAUUCUUUUCCCUGCGACCGGUGGAAUUUUCGCGUAUGUAUCCCAGAAGUUUAAAGACAAAUGUACUGAGCCGACAGCUAACUGAUGGCCAACAGCGGUUCCAGCAUGUCAGGCGACUUGAAGAACCCAAGCAGAUCGAUCCCGAAAGGCACGCUCUCUGGCUUGGCCUUGACAUUUAUUCUGUAUACACUUGUGAUCUUUGCAAUGGCUGCCACCAUCACACGAGAAUCUUUUUACAACAAUGUGAAUGUUAUUCAGCUUGUAGGAUAAUGCACUCCCAAGGAAAAAUGGCCUCGUUGGCUAACAGUUUGCAGACUAAUCUUUCUGGUGUCGUUAUCCUUCUUGGAGAGUUUGCGUCGUCAUUUUUCUCAGCCUUGAUGGGAGUGAUUGGGUCUGCAAAGCUCUUACAAGCAAUUGCUCGGGAUAGUUUACUGCCUGGACUCGCCGUAUUCAGCAAAGGUACCAAGGAAAAUGAUGAGCCUGUUCAUGCAAUUAUCAUUACUUUCAUCGUUGCUCAACUUACUAUGCUCUUCGACAUCAACCGCAUUGCUGCCUUCAUCACAAUGACUUACCUCAUGACAUUCUUGGUGACAAACCUCGCAUGUUUCCUGUUGAAGAUUGGAUCGGCUCCAAACUUUCGGCCUUCCUUUCACCUCUUCAACUGGCAAACCGCAGCAGCAGGUACUGUACUCAGCGGCGCUAGCAUGUUUUUUGUUGAUGGUAUUUCAGCAUCAGGCUGUGUUGGCAUCCUUGUCUUUCUAUUUCUGGUGAUUCAUUAUACUUCGCCCCCUAAGUCGUGGGGGGAUGUCAGUCAAAGCUUGAUUUACCACCAGGUGCGCAAGUACCUGCUUCGCCUCCGGCAAGAGCACGUUAAGUUCUGGCGCCCACAGAUCUUACUCUUUGUGAAGGAUCUUGAGACCGAGCACAAAAUGGUCUCCUUUUGUAAUUCGCUGAAAAAAGGAGCUCUGUUCGUUCUCGGGCAUGUUAUUGUGACUGACGACUUCUCCCUUGGUGUCCCAGAGGCGCGUCACAAGCAAAGCGCCUGGACAAAGUUUGUUGAGUAUUCGAAAGUUAAGGCGUUCGUUAACAUUGCUGUCUCCCCCACUGCGGAAUGGGGUGUCCGGAACGUCGUGUUGAAUGCAGGUUUGGGAGGUAUGAGACCAAACAUUGUUGUGAUAGACCAAUUUCGCAAGCAGCAGUCGCUUGUUGAGACAUUGCCCUUCAAUAGGCGAGACUCGAAAGGCAGGCGCCUUUCCAGUAACUGGAGAGAUAUUGAAACCCAGGAGUCUCCAAUGAGCUGUAAAACCUACGUGACGAUCCUCGAGGACCUUCUUUUCAAGCUGCGUAUCAAUGCUGCUGUGGCCAAGGGUUUUGAGAAUUUGGAAGUGCCCCGGGCCGACGGCAGCAACAAGAAGAAGUAUGUUGACCUCUGGCCUAUUCAGAUGUCCGCUGCACUGGGUGCAGACAGUGAAAGCAAGCAUAACGUGUUAACUACGAAUUUUGACACUUAUACGUUAAUUCUCCAAUUGGGAUGCAUCCUUCUCACCGUUCCAUCCUGGAAAAAGACUUACAAACUGCGCGUUGCUGUCUUUGUCGAAUACGAAACCGACGUCGAUGACGAACGGGGACGAGUUGAAGCUCUCCUAGAGAAACUCAGAAUCGAGGCCGAAGUCCUCGUUUUCUGGCUUGCGGGCGGAGAAUUGAAGACUUACCAGGUGAUUGUGAAUGGCGAUACUUCUCCAGCCAUUGCAGAUGUUCGGGACACCGUGCAAUCGCUCCUUAAAGACGAAGUUUGGUGGCAGGACCUUCAGAACUUCCGUCGGAACCCCCGUGGCCUGGGAAAGCAGGAGGCCAUCAAGUCGGAAGUCCUGCCUGGCGGCCCGUCAAGCCUGGAUAGUGGUCCUAGGUUUAUGAGACGUGAUUUAAGAAAUCUAUUUCGAUCCUCGCGGCGAAGAAGGUCUAUUUCAAAGUUCAGAACUCUAGGAGGGUUGAAUCUAGGGAUGCAGACGCAUCGUCUGCCUGAUACAUUGGUCGACUACGACGUUAGUGACAGUACAAGCGAUGAGCUUUCAAGCAGCGACGAGGAUGAAUUUGCACCAUACUUCAGCGACGGCUAUGAUGAGGAUGGAGAUGAAGCUAACACGGGACAAGAGAGCCAGUCCGGCGUUCCUACCACACCAAAGCCAAGGCGAUCAGUCACUGCACCAGCGGAGAUUGUUGACGCCGCUUCAUCUUCGAGUUCGGCUACGACAGGCGAGCCUCCCGACGCUCCCAUCCCGUCCAUCAUAACAACUGGCGAGGGCACAUCACCAGGAACCAGGCCUGCUAACAGCAGGCCUCCUAUCAGCCGGUCACCAUCCGGUAAUCGAUUUAGCUCAUCGCCGAUUCCCGAGGCCAAAGUCAAUGCAGAAGAGGACGCGGGCCCAUCCAUUAUGUUUGCAUCGGACGCUUCACCACCCCGGUUUUCAGGUCAGGGCGAGUCAAUAUACACUCGCCGUCCAUCUUCGGAGAUGGUCUCCACGAGCCCAUCUACGUCAGCUUCUGGCUAUCCCGGCCAAGCGUCCGUACCGUUGUCCUUCAACGACCUCCCCAGUCGUGCGCAGCACCUCAUUCUGAACGAACUGAUGGUUAAACACAGCGAUGACACAGCCAUCAUAUUUACUACGCUGCCGUCUCCCACGGAGGGUACCUCUCUCAGUGAAGAAGGGAGCGAGUCGUAUUUGAAUGAUCUGGAUGUCUUGUGGCAGGGACUACCGCCCUGUCUGCUGGUACAUAGCAAUAGCAUGACUGUCACCAUGAAUCUUUGACGAUGUUACGAAUCUAUUUCUGCACCUUUGUCAUUGGUACUUAUGCGGUGAAGUUUUCAUGUCCUAGCUGCAGGAUUCGUGUAUAUACCACAGAAGCAAUAGUCUCGAGCAUUAUUGCUUCAAAUAGACCAACUGCCAAUUAAGACUGCUAUAACUAAUCUAUUUGCGAUGA